AUGUCUAAGAAAGAAACAACUGAAGAAUAUAAAGUUUUCACAACUUCAGAAUCCAAGGGACAAUUUGGUGGCACAUCUAGACAGUUUUACAAAAGAAAUGAAGAAAAAUCAAAAGUCAAACCUUCUUUUUCCACGCCUUCUACAUCUUCUGUAGAAGAAAAAUCUUCUUCCGCAUCUUCUACGUCCAUUGAAGAGAGUUCGACAAUUAAACCUCAAUCAAAUUAUGAAAGCGAAGAACAGCCGAAUAAAAGUGAUGAUGACGAUCAGACCUCGAUUACCACUUUCUCGAGUUACGCAUCGCCGGCCUCGUCCAAUACCGAUUAUGGUGAAGAAUCUGCCUCCUCUAACAAUAUUAUGAGGAUUCAAAAUAUUUUAAAUGAUACUCUCGCACCCCUUUUUCAACCUCUUCAAACCAAUACCCAUAGAUUACAAGUUAUUGAGCCUCACUGUGAACCGAGAGGUCCAGAAUCACCAAAAUUCCCCUUUCUAAAUUAA